UACGUAGCACUAGUCGCUCGACUGACCCCCGGGGACUCUGAACCUCAACCCGUGAUCCUGCCCGCCCUUAAUACCCGUACCCUGCUGAAACUCCUCUCCUACAACGGCCUUGAAAAAUAUGCAGGCCUUCAGAACUUCUGCGGGGCUCUAUCGAUUGCUCAUCCUGAACCCCCUCUAAAUUCGCUCUCUUCGCCCGAGCGCACCAUCACGGCUGCCCAUUUGCCCUUUUCUCCUUCUAACAGAAGUCCUUCCUCACCGUAUUCUCCCUCGUCGAUAACCUCGUUCAAAAAUGAUCUGCAUUUGUUCGGAUCCUCCGGGCAGUUCUGUUCCCUUCGAGCCCUACUCGGCCCACUCUCCUACGACGAGGUUAUCAAGGCUUUUCCCUCUGAAGUUGAGGUUCAUUUUCCCUAA